AUGGCUGCUUCCGUUCUAUUUGCUUGCGGUUUAAACGAACAGAAACUGCCAUCCUUCAUACACAUUAGCGAAGAAUCAAAUGUCGAUGGCAGUUUUCUGAUUAGUUCCAUUUUGGGACAACGUUUACGUAUCUCGAAUGCCGGAACGUUGUUGGUGUGUCUGCAACAUAACUAUCAGCAUUACUUCAAUGCUGGCAUGCGUUUGGGUUAUAAUUGUAACAUUUUCUUGGGCAAGACACUUGGCGUCAUUGAUCCCUCCAAUGAUAUGGCCAAAGAUUUCCUGAGCUGCAAAUGGUUGUCACGUGAACACAAAUUGAGUGAUCUGCUAUUGAAUGACAUCAGAGAACAAUUGACGACGGGUACAACAUUCACGGCGCGUAUUCACAAUACCGUGAUUAUUGAUAAUCUAUCUAUACUUUUUAAUUUGGGUGCUUCCAAGGAGGAUAUUCAGCACUUGUGUCAUGGUUUGGUCGCCUUGACUCGAGAAUUUGCAAAUUUAUCAAUUAUCACGAAGAUGAGUAAUGCCGAUCUGUACGCUUUGGAUGAUAAUAAUGUUUCGAAAUUGGGCUCCGUGCACAUUCAAGUGAUUAAGCUGAAGAGUGGUGUUUUCCGUGAAGUUGAUGGCAAGCUGUUGAUUAAACGUUUCCAGGAUGAAGAAGAUAAUUGUUUUGAAUCUAACUAUACGACAAAGGAAGUCUUGUACAAGGUCAAUGAUCGUAAUGUAAAGAUUUUCAAUCCCGGAGAAAUUGGUCUGAAGGCCUAA